GGUUUCUUUUGAGCGAUCUAUCAAGCGUGGUAAUGGAGCAAGUUGAGAAGUUGCGCAACGUUGGUAUGCAACGAACGCAUUCUAAUGCUUUAGAUUCACAGAAGUUUAUGGUUGAUUGUCACAAUGCUGGGAGUUUAAAGAAAGCUAAGAAGAUUGUUGAUGAUGCUUUACUCAAAUAUCAAUGUGUGGACAUUCAAUUGCCAUUAGGAAUGAGACCCUUAGCUGUGGGUGAACAAGGUGAAGGUGUUCCCGUGAUAGAAAACGUCGAUAUGCAGAAGGAGAUCUGUGGAUACCUCGAUGAGCUGGGAGUGGACUAUCACAUCGAUGAAGGUGUAGCUGGGAUAAUAGAAAUACGCAGAGUUAAAAGAAUACAACCUGCAAUUAUAAAGGAUGUUGCACACCUGACGCUAGAGCAAGCUAAACUCGCGGUUAAGGAAACCCUGGAGCAACAUCAAAGGAGGGGUAUUAAAUUACUGACUGGGAUAGCGCCCUCUCACUCUUAUGAAGACGUUUCCAAUCACAUUUCAGUAAAAUUACGUGAAUGGCUCGAGAGUGAAGGUCGCACCGUCGAAGAAGAUGAUUGUCACCCUGGCGCGCUAUACCUCAAAAGUGAAGAUAAAAUCUAAAAUGCAUUUAUUUAAGCAGCUUCCGCGCC